GGCCCCGCGAAGUUCAAGCCGCUCGCUACACGCCUCGCCCCCGACCCGCCUUCAUUGACUCGACCGCUCCAUGACAAUGAUGUCUACCCGUAGUACACUUCUCUUCCUAGCCUCUCUCUUGAUCUUUGAUAAUGACAAGCAACAGGCAACGGCAUUCACUCCGUUAACGAUUUCGAACGGUCGCGUCGGGUGGGUUGCAUCGACGACGCGUCGUUCCGCAACGAUCUACUCUCCUGAUGGUGUUGCCCACGCCUGGGACGAGGACGACUUCUUCUACGACGAAACCGGCACACUGAACGCGAGUCCCCCCAACAGCCCGCACAAUGUCUACCAAGAAAGCGGGUUUGGUCCGGAUUUGGAAGAACUCGAUCCGCACAAGAGUCUCAAAUCACUCAUUAGCAAAGAAGCCAUGCCGGAACUCGCGCGACUAGCUGUCGCCUUUGCUCCGCCGGAUCAAGCGCUCGAGUUGGACGAGAUCGAACACGUCGAAGUCCUCUCCGUGGACAAGGAUCAUAUCCAGAUUGAAGUUGUCCUCUGCGAACGCGACGGGUGUGUUACACUCGCCAUUCCUGUCUCCUUUCCCUCGCCUUGUGGGAUCGAAGACAAGUUCUCGGAAUGCGUAAUCGACAACAUCGACCUCCUCAACACGGUCGCACACGAAGAUCUCGCCAAGCUAGACUCACUCAAGAAUCGUCACGAGGAUGUGGCACACGACACUCGCACUAUGCAAAUCCUCAAGUCAACGUCGGAUUUAGAACUACCAAGCUGGUGGGAGGCACCCGGACUGGAUCGUGUUUUGGCCGACGAGUGCGACAACGUCCGCAAUUUGCUCAAUGAACUCGAAUUCCAGGACGAUGUUAAAUGCUUAACGGAGCAAGCAUUAGCGAAUGUCGGUGGUUGCAACGAAUGGGCUGUCGACAAGGCCGCUUGUGCCAUGGUGGGACCGGCCGGACUUAUGCUGCGUGCCACGAUUGUAGAAAUCGACGCCGACGGCAAUGAACCCCGUCGGGAACAAGUUGCGUUCCCAGUCGGAUUCGGGAGGUCGGCUCCGACGAUUGAAGCUCUGCGUGCGGCGGUCCUCGGUAUGGUCGCCGCCGCGUCGUCGGCCGAAGCCAGCGCUGUGGCCGUGCAGGCCAACGCCGACGAUGAAGCUGCUCGCCUACGGCGGUAAAGCUACAUGCUUGCUUUCUUCUCUUUUGCCCCGCACCCUCAUAUCCCCUUUGCACUCUCUCGCGCGCAUCCGACUGUUCAUUGGCAGUGUUUGCAGUUAUGAACGAUCGAACGAAUGAACCUACAAUAGACACCCGAUACUAAGUACGACACAAAUACAAUAUACACUUACAAUAGU